GCCGCUCCGUUGCUCCGGGGCCCCGGUCGAGGGGGACGCCAAUUGCCUUGCAAGGAAGCGGGACCCUCGAGGGAAGGGCGCCCAGAGGCCAUCCAUCCCACCCCUGCUUAGCGCAGCGUUGCACACAGAGGACUCCGGCUUAGGGCGUCUCUUUGCAUUGUCCGGCCGCAUCCCACGGAGGGAGGGGGGCCCCUGAAGGAAGGGCCACCCCAGAGGCCAUCCAUCCCACCCCUGCUUUGCGCAGCGCGGCAGAGGACUCCGGCUGAGCUCACCCAGUGAAGAGGGGCAAAGGUGGGGGGGUCUCUUCCACCGUCCGGAGGAAGGUUUCCCUGCAGCCCCCAACCUCCUCCCACGCCUGCCCGCUGAGCGUGCCCUGCAAGGGGCCUCCGAGGGGGGUGGGUUGCGCGGCCCUGGCUGUCCCUGCUUGGAUAGAGGGCAGCUUGGGGGUUGCAGCCUCCCCCUCCCCUUUUCUCUUGCAGAGGCUCCGUCCCAAUGCCCAGCUGGUCAGAACAGGACCUGGCCACCUUCCUUGCCAACCUCCUGCUGCCCGCUGCCUGCCUGUAUUCGGCCAUUCGGACCUUCCAGAUCAACCGGGGAGCUGCAGCCGGGUUUUUCCUCCAGGCCCUCGGGCCCCUUCUGGAAACCGUCCCCUUUGGGGCCCACUGGCAAGGGGCCCGGCCCCCAGACCACACCUGGCCCUGCACUGUGGUGGGGCUGCCGCUACUGGCCUUUGGCUUCCACUGGCUGAACGGGGACUGCUUCACGGCCAACAUCCUCCUGGGAGGUGCCCUGAUGCUGGCCGGCGGCUGGGGCUACUUCACUGAAGAAGGCAAGGCCAUGGUGGUCCAUUCAGUCGUCUCUGUGGUCACCAUCACCAUCUUCAUCGUCUCUGUCUUCACCGGAAGCGCCUAUGGGGUUCUGGGCAGCCUCCUGCUGGGGGCGGCCGGCCUGCUGCCAGGAACUGGACUGUGGCCCCCGCUGGCUCCGAAGGAGACGGAUGCCCUCCGCUGUCUCAUGGCAGCCGCCAACCUGGCCCUGUGCCGGGCUCUCAGAGUGCAGCAUCUAGAACUGGACAACAGCUACAGGGAGUGGUUGCCUGUAGUAGCUUCUUGAUGGGGAGGCCUGGGGUCCCUGGAGGGGAGGGGGGAAUGCCAAUCUAAGGGACCGCAAGAGUCCUGUUGGGUCAAUAGGAAGUGCAGGGCAGAACUCCAAAGACUCCAGUGCCCGUUUCCAGAAUUGGAAGGGAUUAACAGAGCUGGAAGGAACCUUGUAGUCUACUCCAACCCUCCGCCCAACCAGGAGACCCUACACCAGGGGUGUCAAACUCAAGGCCUAUGGGCUGAAUCCGGGCUGCAGGGUGCUUAAAUCUGGCCCGCGGGACCGGCCUGGAAAUAGCAAAAGACCAGCCCGCAGUGCCUCUGACAGCCAAAACAGGGCGCGUCUUUGGCUGGCAAAUGCAGGAGGCAUCUGUCCCAUUCCCCCCAUCCCCCCACCCCACAGGCUGGCCUGCAGAGGAGAACUACAAUGCUGAUCUGGCCCUCAAAGAAAUCCAGUUUGACACCCCCUGACCUACACCCUUUCUGACAGAUGGCAGUCCAGUCUUUCCUUGAAAGCUUCCAGGGAUGAAGCUCCCACAACUUCCGAAGGCAACUUCUGUUCCGCUGGUUAAUUGUUUUCACUGACAGAAAAUUCCUCAUUUCCAGGUUGAUUCUCUCCUUGGUCAGUUUCCAUCCAUUGUUUCUUGUCUGGCCUUCAGGUGCUUUGGAGAAUAGCUUGACCCCCUUCCUCCUCUCUGUGGCAGCCCCUCAAAUAUUGGAAGAUGCUAUCCUGUCUCCCCUGGUCCUUCUCUUCACUAAAGUAGACAUACCCAGUUCCUGCAACCGUUCUUCAUAUGUUUUAGCCUCCAGUCCCCUCAUCAUCUUAGUUGCUCUUCUCUGCACUUUUUCUAGAGUCUCAACAUCUUUUUUAUAGUGUGGCGACCACAACUGGAUGCAGUACUCUAGGUGUGAUCUUACUAAGGCUUUGGUAUUAGUACUUCCCUUGAUCUUGAUUGUAUCCCUCUGUUAAUGCAGUUUAGGAUUGUGUUGUUGUUGUUGUUUUUUUGCUGCCACCUCACACAGUUGGCUCAUAUUUAGCUGGUCGUCCAUUACAGGGACGAGCUGAGGAUUUUGUACAGUAUCUGUCUGAUAAAAUCGCUCAGGUUCGGGAUGGCUUGGACACUGAUUAGAUAGAUCCGGGUGGGAUGGCGGGGACAGGUCUUGAGAAUGUUAUCUGGGCUGAGUUCGAUCCUGUGACUCCUGACGACAUGGAUAGGUUGUUGGGUAGGUUGAAUCCCACCACAUGUUUAUUGGACCCAUGUCCCUCCUGGAUGGUACUGGCCACCCGGGAGGUCACACGAGGCUGGCUCCUGGGAGUUACCAACGCUUCUUUGUUGGAGGGUGUUUUCGCCUUGAAAGAGGCAGUGGUGAGGCCCCCUUCUUAAGAAGCCCUCCCUGGACCCGGCUGUAUUAGCGAACUAUCGUCCAGUCUCCAACCUUCGCUUUCUGGCGAAGGUUGUUGAGAGUGUGGUGGCAUAUCAGCUUCCUCAAUACCUGGAGGAAACUGUCUAUCUAGACCUGUUCCAGUCCGGUUUCAGACCCGGAUACAGCACCGAGACGGCUUUGGUCGCAUUGGUGGAUGACCUCUAGAGGGCCCGGGACGGGGGUUGUUCCUCUGUCCUGGUGCUAUUAGAUCUCUCGGCGGCUUUUGAUACCAUCAACCAUGGUAUCCUGCUGCGGCGGUUAGGGGGAUUGGGGGUGGGAGGCACCGUUUAUCGGUGGUUCUCCUCCUAUCUCUCUGACCGUUCGCAGACGGUGUUGGCAGGAGGGCAGAGAUCGACCCCGAGGCGCCUCACUUGUGGGGUGCCUCAGGGGUCUGUUCUCUCGCCUCUCCUGUUCAACAUCUAUAUGAAGCCGCUGGGUGAGGUUAUCCGUGGUUUCGGGGUGGAUUAUCAUCUGUACGCUGAUGAUACACAGCUGUACAUUUCCACCCCGAACCACCCCAACAAAGCCGUUGAGGUGAUGGGCCGGUGUCUUGAGGCCGUGCGGGUCUGGAUGGGGAGGAACAGGCUCCGACUCAACCCUUCCAAGACAGAGUAGCUGUGGGUUCCAGCGUCCCGAUACAGUCAGCUUACACCAUCGCUGACUGUGGGGGGGGGGGGAAAGUACUGACCCCAGGGGAGGAGUGCGCAACUUAGGCGUUCUCCUGGACGAUCGGCUGUCCUUAGAGGAUCAUUUGACGGCCGUCGCCAGGGGAGCAUUUUAUCAGGUCCACCUGAUUCGCCAGUUGCGCCCCUUCCUUGACCGGGAUGCCUUACGCACGGUCACUCAUGCCCUCGUCACUUCUCGCCUGGACUAUUGCAAUGCUCUCUACAUGGGGCUCCCCUUGAAGAGCACGAGGAGCUCGAGGAGCAGGAGGCUCCAGUUAGUCCAGAAUGCGGCCGCGCGGGUGAUAGAGGGAGCACCGCGUUGCUCCCAUAUAACACCUAUCCUGCGCGGCCUGCACUGGCUGCCGGUAGCCUUCCGGGUGCAAUUCAAGGUUCUGGUCACCAUCUUUAAAGCGCUCCAUGGCUUAGGACCUGGGUAUCUACGAGACCGCCUUCUGCCGCCGAUAGCCUCCCAACGACCGGUGCACUCCCACAGAGCGGGCCUCCUCAGGGUGCCGUCGACCAAGCAAUGUAGGUUGGCGACCCCCAGGGGGAGGGCCUUCUCUGUGGCAGCACCGGCCCUGUGGAAUGAGCUUCCUCCAGGGUUACGGCAACUCCCUGACCUCCAGACUUUCAGGUGUGAACUGAAGACUUCAUUAUUUCAACGAGCUGGACUAGCCUAAGAAUAAAAUAUUUUAGUCAAUUUUAAUGGGUUUUAACCAGUUUUUUACCGUUUUAGUGAUUUGGCGAUUAUAAUAUUUUGUUUUAAUUGGGUUUUAAAUGGCUUAUUUAUUAUUGUUGUAUUUUUAAUAUGCCUGUGAACCGCCCCGAGACCUACGGGAGAUGGUGCAGUAUAAAAGUAUAAAAAUAAAUAAAAUAAAUAAAUAAGACUCCAGGAUCCCUCUCAUAGUUACUGCUAUUAAGCCAGGUUUCAGCCAGUCUAUAUGUCAGCUUUGGAAGCCAUAGUAGGCCGAAGGCUUCCACGCUGCCACUUUCUCCUGUGUGGGAAAGUGCGGGGGGUGGGGGUUAGUAGAAGAGGCCAUUAGACAUAAUAACAUUCUUCCUGCCGGUCAAGGUCAGGCCAGGACUGCAUCUGGAGAAGGAGAGGCCGGAGUGAUGCCUCGAGAUGGGACGGUUGGUGACUGGAGCAUGUGAUUGGCAGAGGGGUCAAGGGGGUGGUGGUUUUGGAGUUUGUCUUACUGAGGAAAAACCCGGAUCCCCAGAUUCAGAGUCUAUCCAGUUGUGCCAGUUUAUCUAUCUUAGUAAAAGAACUUUGAAAGA